CUAACUAUAGGGAUAAAAGCCUCUCUAGUCCCCCAUACAUAUCCUUUCCCACGCCGGAAUCCCCACCAUCAGUCCCGUCAUUUUCUUCCGACCGAUCAAGAUGCCGCCGAAGAGAAAAGGCCAACGAAACAACACUCGCAAACCCAGUGAACCAGACGCUCCACUACCCACUAACAACGUCGUGGUCUCAGGAGCCAUGUCCGAUUGCAAGUUACCCGAAGACCUGAUGCUCUCCAUUCUCACCCGCCUCCCCGUGAAAACCGUUCGGCGAUACAAGUGCGUUUGCAAGCCAUGGCUGAAGCUCUUUUCCACCACAGAGUUCAUCAAGAUGCACCACGAGCAAACUGCCAAGAAUCCCCAAAAUCACUCCCUUAUCAUCCACAGCAUUGACGAGGAUUACUACCAUAAUAUGUCGCUGUUGAACGUCAAUUCCACUGCUGAAGAACCCACAAAUCUUGUCAAUCCUUUUCCUGUAAUCUUCAAAGAAAUGGACUUGGUGGGCUGUGUUAAUGGGCUGGUUUGCCUCAGUUGCCCUCCUUUUGCCCAGAUGAUUGUCCUCUGGAACCCUGCUUUGAGUAUUUGGAAGGCCAUUAGGCUUCCUAAUCGAGGAAUUGAUGAAAGUAUAGACAGAAUUUCACUCGGGUUUGCUUAUGAUGAAAGCAAGGAUGACUAUAAGAUUGUGAGGAUUACGAUUUUCAAGCCUGAUGGGAAUAGUCCGAAGAAUUUCUUGAGGGCUUUUGCUGAGGUUUACUCCGCUAACUUGGACUCUUGGAAAAGGGUUCGCCUUAGUUUUCAGUUUUCAAUUAUUCCUACUAGGAGCAAUGUUAUUGUAAAAGGAAGGCCUUAUUGGACUGCAAUUAUCUAUGAUCCGGUGAAAAUGUUUCGUGAAGUUAUGCUGUGGUAUGAUGUGGAAAACGAGGUUUUUAGGCAUGUUCCUGUGCCGGAUUAUAAUAUGGAUUGCACUAAAGGGGGGAGAUUUGUGGAGUGGAAGGGUAGUCUUGCUAUACUUGUGUACUCUCCUACUAGAGAGAGGGAUGAUUUUGUUGAUGUUGUGGUUUAUGAUGAAGGCAAGGGACGUUGGGACACGAAAUCUUGCCAUGGUCCAAUUGGACUGAAAAUGGAGAGGCAUAUGCAAUGCUCUAAAGAUGGCGUGAUUUUGGCAGAGACUCCAGAAGGAACGCUGUUUUUGUAUGAUCCUAUGACUAAUGCGAUCAAGGAGUUCCGGAUUGCUGAAGCUAUGAAAACCUCCUAUGAGGCAUUUAGCUACACAGAGAGCCUGGUUUCUCUGAAGGGGAUGGAGAAGGUGGAGGAACAGGACAAAGAUAAGUUCUGUAUCAAGAUGGAAGAUUUGGUUAUCGACUAAAAAGCAAAGGUUGGUUCUUCUGACCAACAUAUCACGUUAGAUGCUCAUCGUCCAUUAUUGCCUAGCUCUUUGGUGUUGUCCUGGGUCCAUGCAAGGUGCUUCGUGGAGGCUCGCAAGGACUUGUGGAGGGAUGUCUUGCUUGAAAAGCCGCAGUUACGUCCUUGGUGUGUAGGGGGGGCUUCAAUGUUUCACUUGGUGUAAUAAUAGGAGGGGUCGAGCUCGGGUAUGGAAGCCGUUGGAUCGGCUCUUUCUGAAUGGCGGCUGUGCGAAUCUCUCUGCCUCUAUCUCGGUGGUCCAUCUGGCUAGACAUCCUUCGGAUCAUGCCCCUCUGAAAAUCACGUUUGCUACCCGUCAGGACGAUAAGCCCCGGCCAUUCCGAUUUUUGAACAUUUGGACAUCACAGGUCUCUCUGUUAGAGGUGAUUUGCACUGCUUGGAGCAUCCCCACAGAUGGGUCUCCCUGGCGUGUAUUAUGCACUAAGCUAUUGACUGUGAGGAGGGCCAUCCAACAAUGGAAUAAAUGUUCCUUUCGGAAUGUUUUUGAGGUUGUCAAGGUGGCAGAGGCAAAGAUGGUUCUGGCAGAAACAGUGGUGGAAAGCAAGGACUUGGGGAAGCUCACAUUAGCCUACAAGAGGCGCAGGCGGGAUUUCGACAUGCAUUGGCAAUAGAUGAGCAGUUUUGGAGCCAAAAGGCUCGUGUCAAAUGGCUCUCAAAUGGGGACCGAAACUCUAAAUUCUUUCACGCGGUGGUUAGGCAAAGCAGGAUGCAAGGUAUGAUCCAUCGGAUUAAAACGCAAAUGGGAUCUUAGGUGGUGGAUGAUGGGGAUAUUGCCACUGAGGCCAUUCGGUUCUUUUCUGGCUUGUACUCAGAGGCUAUGGUACCCAGCAAUGAGUUGCUUUCGCUCAUCUCUCCUGUCCUCACGAGGGAGGAGAACCUAACCCUAGAGGAUAUUCCUUCAAUGGAUGAGGUGAAACGUGUGGUGCAUGCCAUGGAUGGGGAUAGUGCUGCGGGUCCGGAUGGUUUUACUGGUAAGUUUUUUAUCUUUGUAUGGGAUAUUAUCGCCCAGGAUCUAAAUAACGCUGUGGUGAGUUUUUUUUUGUGGGGCAGAUCUUCCGCGCUUCAUUACUUCGACUUCUAUUGUCCUUAUAUCGAAGGUCUCAAACCCUCAGGACUUUUCUAACU